GUUUAUCACGUCCAAAUUUGGACAUUGGAGUUUUGGGGAGCUGCAUGAAACACGCCGUCAUGGCUUUAGACACUGUCUCGGGCCCUCUCUGUUUGAUUGCAAUCGCUCAGUCAGCAUUGCUAUGGAUCUGUUUUCGAAUCUUGGUGGAAAACGGACAAAGCAAGCAAAGAAUGCCAGUUCUCGACGAGGCAAUUCAAAAUCUUCUGCCGCCAAUCUCAAUUCCCAACAACACUCACAACAACAACAACAACAACAACAACAGCAGCAGCAGCAGCAACCAUACCAACACAAUAGGAAAAAUCCGGGCGUUGCUCGUCCACCACCGUUGACAACGAACUUUGCUCAACCGGGUACCAACCUUUUGAGCUUGCUCAGCACACCACGGUCGUCCAACGAAAGCUCAGCUCAGGGUGGUCGCAGUGAAGAGUCUUUUCGUGGCGGUGAACCGUUGUCUCCGGUGUCAUCCGCACCCAGUACAACCAGCUCUGGUCGACCGGGAAUCGGCAUAUUUGGCAACAGCACAACCACGCUUACGAGCACUCAACAUACCCCACCACCAUCGACUGCUUCUCCAAAAAACCGUCCAUCCGAUCGGGAAAUCGAACGUCUUUUUGCACAAACGGCCAGUCGCCUUAAUUUGGAUUUGGGAAAUGCCAGUUUGAGAGAUAUGCCUGUGGAUAAAAAAUGGAGGAUUCUGUGCUACGAAAGUCAAGUUACGCCUCCUCAACAUCAUCCAGAGACUACCGCGUCUGCGAUAAAUGGGCCACGGCAUCUUGGCAACAAUACCAACAAGAGCCAUCACAUUGGCGAAUUGGAUAAAUCGACUCCGGGUUACUAUGUUGGUUAUUUUCUCAACAGAAGAGGCUCUCCUUCUCCUGCUAGACUGCUUUCGGAUCUGGCUGUGCGACUGAGAACCAUGCCGCUCAGCUGGGUGCGACAGUUUAUAGAUGAAAAUGGAAUGCAAGUCAUUUCAAACGAAUUGACACGUAUGAGUAAGCAACAUGUUGAAAGUGGAACUGUUAGCAAGAAAUUCGCUGAUUCCCAACUAGAGCUUGAAAUUAUCAAAUGCCUACGAUCAAUGCUUAAUAAUGCGUAUGGUAUCCGAGAAGCAUUAAGUGCUCCUCAUUGUGCCCAGGCGCUUUCACUCUCGCUACUUUCACCAUUCAUGGCCGUGCGUCGUAUGGCCUGCGAGGCACUGACCUUCUUGUGCUACUUUGAGCAACCUCGCGGUCAAUCUGCGGUGGUGCGUGGAAUCGAAGCACUCAAUGCUAUCGGCCUAAAAAACCCCAGUAGCGUUACCCAACAACCCGGAAGUUUUGGCAGCUGGCUAAGAGCGCUCGAGCAGAUGUUAAAUGUACGCGCUCAUAAUGCUCAAAGCGGCAAAGUAUCGGCAAAGUCUUUGGGUAACAAGGAUGUGCAACUUACUGAAUACGCGAUUGCAAACAUGCUUUUGAUCAAUGCUGUUGUGGAUCCGGAAACUACCGAGGAUAUGACCCAUCGAAUAUCACUCAGAAAUCAACUAUACCAAGGCGGUCUAGACAAAGUUUUUGAAAAAAUGAAGGCCAUGAACAACGAAUUAUUGGGGCGCAAGAUUAAGGAGUUCAACCAAGCCGAAGAGCGCGAUAAUGCUACAGUGUAUGGCGGGCUUGUACUUGGCACAAAAGAUCCAUCUGAAAUUCUGGACAAAAUCACCGAAGCAAUUAAUGGGACACGAGCAUACCACUCGCUGCAAAGCAUUUUGCAGCACCUGCUUCUGAUGCAGCAAGAUCCUGAGAAAAGAACACGCUAUUUCCAAGUGAUUGAAUCCAUUGUUACGCAAAUUGCAACAGAUCGCAAUGACGUGCCUAGUGAUUUUGGAAAUACAUAUGGAUUAAACGUCAGUAACUUGAUAUCCAAAUUCGUGGAAGAAGAUGAGCUAUCGCGUGCUCUCCAAGAGGCUGAGGAAGCCAAGGCUAUGGCCGCUCAAGCUAUGGAGAGAGAGGCAGAGUUGAAAUUACAAGUUGAUCUCAAAAGCGAUGGGCUUGUUGGGCAGCUCAGGGUCAAAAACGAGUCUUUGGAACGAAUGCUUAAAGUGGCAAACCAAACCAACAAUGUUUUACAGCAGCGAUUGGGAGAUCUUGAAAUGGAGCAUCAGCAUACCCUCGAAGCCAUGGAUGCUCAAAUCCGAAGGCUCUAUGACACCAUCAAAAAGCUAACAGAACAUAGCUCCUCUCCAACAGAACGAUCAAAGGCUCGUAAGCCUGGGGAUAUCAAAAUGUGGAACCUGCAGAAUGCAGAAUAUGACCCAAACAAAAAAACGCUAUCUGUUGAUCCUGGCGACGAGCCUAUCCAGCUGGCUAGCUCGAAAGGAUUCUCCGAAUCAUUCAAAAAAUCACUACGUUCAAAGCUUGGCUCUCGUAUGAAUACCUUGGUUAAACGAUCGAGUGGGGAUGAUACCAGACAGCUGAGCCGGACAUCAAGUAGCAGUAAUUUACGCCAAAAGAAAAGUAUAGACGAAGUUCAAGCUGAUAUACCAAUGACGAAAGAGCCUGAAAAAAUGAAAGACGAAACUCCAGCCACAUCCGCUACAGAAAAUGCACCAGUAGAACCUGUAUCUUCAAAGGUAUUACCGGCCCCUCCGCCACCACCGCCGCCGCCACCGCCAGUUCCUGGAACAAAUGCAAUGGUACCUCCUCCACCACCUCUUCCACCACCACCACCACCACCAAUACCAGCAUCAAGUGCUGCUGUACCUCCACCACCACCACCUCCUCCUCCUCCUCCUCCUCCUUUGCCGGGAUUCCUCGCUGGAUCGCCGCCGCCCCCACCACCGCCUCCUCCUGCACCAGGUUCCGUUGCAUCAUCACCACCUAUCGCAAGCGGUUCCGAAAUGAGCUCAGCCACGACAUCACCACGGACUGGUGCAGGCACGCCUACUCUUGGCAUGGCAAGCCGCAAGCCAAGCGCCUUCCAGCCGAAACAGCGACUAAAAUUCCUAGAAUGGGAAAAAAUGAACCUUGUCAACAUUGGUCAAACCGUUUGGAAUCAUCUCGAAGACGUCGACAACGAUGCAGUGACUCAGGACCAGCAACAGCAGCAGCAUUCAUUCGAACACUCGAUUGAAUAUCAGCUGGCUGAAGCAGGCGUAUUCAAUGAUAUCGAGAAAAUGUUUGCUCAAAAGCAGCCGACUACGCAGUUGAAGCCUCAGCAUGCAAAAGGACCUGUACACAUUUUAGACUCAAAAAAAGCGUAUACCAUGAAUAUCUUUUUAACAAGUAUUGCCAAGAAGAUCCCCUUUUCAGAAAUCAAACCUAGAAUAUUGGACAUGGAUCCUUAUUUCGACGACGAACAGAUUCUGUCCAAUCUUCUCAAGUUCGCACCAACUUUGGAAGAGGCUGGUAAAUUGAAGCCCUACCGCGAGGCAUCGGGCGAAGAGCUCAGCAAGCUCUCUGUACCUGAUCAAUUUGCACUACAAAUGUUGGAGAUCCCACGCUUUAAAGAGCGAAUUGAGUGCAUGCUAUUCAAAUCAGUAUUUUGGGAAAAGCAUCAUCAGUUGAAAUUACAAUUAGAAUCAGUGCUUCAAGCCUCUGUGUCAUUGAAAAACGCAAAACAUUUUAAAGAUCUCUUGCAGUUGAUUCUGCUCCUUGGGAACUUUUUAAACGGCAAUACUUUUCGGGGUGGAGCAUUCGGCAUUCGCAUUUCCAGCAUUAACAAGCUUCUGGAUACUAAAGGCGUUGCAGGCACCACAACCUUACUUCACUUUCUCAUCGACACUGUAGAAAAGAACUUUCCAGAGAUGGUUGAGCUUCGUAUAGAGAUCGAACCGAGUAAUGAAGCUGCCAAAGUGUCAAAACCCGACGUCCAGCGAGAACUACAUGAGCUCAAGACCGGGCUUGAAAGACUCGAGAAGGCAUUGAAAGAAUAUGGCGUACAGAUACCUACAGAUGAAGAUGAGAGUUACAGCGGCGAAGAAGAAGGAGAAGACGAAGACAGUGGGAAUGACAGUGGUGAUGAGAGCAAUGACUGUACUACAAGGCGGGAUCAAUUUGGCAUGGUGAUCCGAGAGUUUUACAAAGAAGCGACCAAGCAAUUCAGGCAGCUGAAUGAGCUUUUAGAAGAAGUAUCAGAGUCGUAUGAAGCCGUUGCCAAAUAUUACGGUGAAGAUCCAAACAAGACCCAGCCGGAUGUAUUUUUCGGCAUCUUCCGAGAGUUUGGAAGUAGCUGGCAGAAAUGCCAUGCUGAGCUAGAGGUGUCUAGGCAAAAGCUGGAACAAGCCGAAAAGCAAAAGAAACUGCAGGAGUGGCGACGGAUCAACGAAAAGAAGUCGGCUGAAUAUAACACGAGCAGUGAUGAAAUGGAAAGCUUACUAGCCAAAUUGCGGAACCCAGGAACCGAAGGCAAGGUGCGCCGUCAUCGUCCCACAGCGCGACGGAAGCGCAGCCAGUCACUGUAUUCUGAUUCGGUAUCAUCGCUGAACGCCUUGAAGCUUCUCAGAUCUAUCCGGGACGAACACACAGGCAGUGAUGAAGAAACCGAUAGGAAUGAUAAGGAUGAUGGCAACGACAAAGACUCGCGGGACAGCAAUAGCUGGACAGAAGAAGAAAGCAAUAGCCCGAGCACAAACUCGAAAACAUCACCACUUAGCAAUAGCAGCAGUGGCACAAACACAUCUCUCAAGUUGCGCUCUCGGCCGGCCAACACGCGCCUGAGUCCGAGAACCCGCAAAAGCGGCACCAGGCGAUCAACAAUAGAUAGGCGUAGAAAAGUUCAUGCGCACUUGUAGUAAACCCCUUUCCCCUGGUCUCCACACACGCAUACAUACAUACAUACAUAUAAACCCCACAUAUAAUUACACGCAUCCUUUCUCUUUUUCUCUCCUCCACGUGAUAGUCCUCUUUUCUCCUUUGUUGAAGGCAGAAAGAAAGAGCUACCUUUUUUUCUCUUCCACCAAUUCAAACCUCUCUUUCUUUCUCACCAUUGGAAAAAUAAUCUCUUCUAUUUAAAUAAUAAUUCUCUUUAGUCAUAUCUGUUCACUCGAACCAUUCCCCCCUUCUCUACGUCUGUUGUCAAGAUCAUACGCAACAUACAGCAACAACAAAAAGACAAAGAAUAAUUACCAGCAAAGCAAUUGAUGUG